AUGUUUCAAAAGCAAAGUUCGACUAUUAAAUCCAGUGAAAAUGUUCAAACACAUUCCAUAACAAAACUUCAUAGGAGGAAAAAACAAAAAUCACAUCAUCGCUCGCGGAAAAACGUCAAUUCAACGAAAUUAAAAUCGAAAUAUCGAAAGAAAAAUCAUAGGAGUCCUAUUAAAAAUAAUUUCGAGCAAUUAUCACUUAACACAAAUAGCUUCAAUGAAAAUCGAACUAACAAUAAUGAAAUAUCUUUUGAUACAAAUCGUAUGGUUCAAGAUCAUUUAUAUAUUUCAAUAAUGGGUCUUCUUUGUUUUUUUCCAACGGGUAUCUUUGGUUUGAUACGCGCGAUGCAGGCCAGUGAAAUGAAACGAUCAUCAUCGCUUCUUGAUUGGCCUAAACUAGCAGCUAUCUAUGGAAGACAUGCACUACGUUGGGCAAUUCUUUCAAUACUUAUUGGUACUAUGCUAUGGACUAUUUUUAUUAUUUAUCAUCUUUUACGAGAACAACAUCCUCUAUGGGAUGCCUAUUAUCAAGAAUGCGGUGAACAAUUUUUAUGCUCUAUAUGA